UAUAAAUAUUUCAAAAUUAAAGAUUUUAAGAGGGUUUUAGUUUCUGCUUACCAAGAUGAACCACAUGCUCCGUUCCAGAUCCGUGGCUACAACCGCCGUAAGAUCCAUCAGCUACCUCCGUCAGUCUCCCGCUCUUGUUCACUCACCACUACUCUCCGGCCCCACCGCCACCGCCGCUACUACCCCCGUCCGCCACUUCAGCUCUCCUGCUCCCGGUCAUGCUUUCAACAGCUACCAAAUCAAGCCGCCGACGAACUGGGGAAUCCGUAUCGUGCCGGAGAAGAAGGCGUGCGUGAUCGAGAGGUUCGGGAAAUACGUGAAGACUCUGGACUCAGGGAUUCACUUCCUUGUCCCAGGCGUGGAUCGAAUCGCGUAUGUUCAUUCCCUCAAGGAGGAAGCGAUUCCUAUUGGGAACCAGACUGCCAUUACCAAGGAUAACGUCAGCAUCCACAUCGAUGGUGUUCUUUACGUCAAGAUUGUGAAUCCACAUUUGGCGUCUUAUGGCGUUGAGAAUCCCAUUUACGCUGUUAUGCAGUUGGCUCAGACAACUAUGCGUAGUGAGCUUGGGAAGAUUACUCUUGAUAAGACGUUUGAGGAGCGUGAUACGCUGAACGAGAAGAUUGUGGAAGCUAUUAAUGUUGCUGCAAAAGAUUGGGGUCUUGAGUGCCUUCGUUAUGAGAUUAGGGAUAUCAUGCCCCCUAAUGGAGUGAGGGUUGCUAUGGAAAUGCAAGCUGAAGCUGAACGUAGAAAGAGAGCUCAGAUUCUUGAGUCUGAAGGAGAACGCCAAGCCCAUAUCAACAUCGCUGAUGGUAAGAAAAGUUCUGUGAUCUUGGAAUCAGAAGCUGCAAAGAUAAACCAGGUCAAUCGAGCAUCAGGUGAGGCAGAAGCAAUAAUAGCUAGAGCGCAAGCCACGGCCAGGGGGCUGACCAUGUUGUCUCAAUCCCUCAAUGAAACUGGUGGAGUGGAGGCUGCGAGUAUGAGAGUUGCGGAGCAAUACAUUCAAGCUUUUGGCAACAUUGCUAAGGAGGGUACAACAAUGCUGCUUCCGAGUUCUGCUGCAAAUCCUGCUAACAUGAUAGCUCAAGCUUUGACAAUGUUCAAAAGCCUCGUCCCCAAUGGUGGUAUCCAGGAAACUUCAGCAGUGGAAUCCUCUUCUAAAUCAGCGAAGACGUGUGGUAAAAGAAAGAACUAGGAAACAAUAAUAACUCUUUUGACAUAGGAACAGCUUUUGAGUAUGACAUGAGAAACAGUUAUCUUACCUUUAUUUCUUUUCUGCAACCAGAAAACAGAUGUAAACUCUAGUUUCUGAAAGGAGCUUUUGCACCUGUUUUGGUC